AUGCCUUUUUGUGAACUCCAUAUUCCAGUUGAUUCAAAUACCAGCGAGGCUAAUCUGUCGAAAAUACUUAUUUCCUGUUUUGAUCUGCGUUAUGAUCGAGUGGUUCUUUGUCAAACCGAUAAUUUACGUGCACCAACAUCAAAUUCAACAUCAGGAUCGUCGAAAAAGAAGAAACAGAAGUUAAACGAAACAGAAGACAAACCAAGUGCAUCAUCCUGGACAUGUCCAAAACCAUAUAUCGCUCGUAUACCUGACUUGAUUAUUCAACGAUGUCGUCAAACCAAUCGUCAUUUUCGUGUUUACUCUCGUUUAAAUGUUAUUGUACAUGAUAACCAAUCGUUACACUAUUUAAAACGUGCAGAAGUUCAACAACACUUCGAUAUCAUUUCAUUACAGCCAGCUUCACGUGAUAUACUUCUCUAUUUGCUUAAUUCGACAACUGUACAACAUGAAUUACUUGUACUUGAUCCAAGUGAUCCUGAACUUCUUCCGUUUCCAACCAGUAAUGCACUACGUGAUACAUUUGAACGAAGAAAUCUAUUGGCAUUUGGUCGUCUUCUUGCUACAAACGCUUUCAAACGUGGUCAAUCAAUUGUGCUCAGUUCGAAUGCAGCGAAUCCUUUACAGAUUCGAUCACCAUACGAUUUGAUGGAAAUCGUGCAAUUAUUCGGUUUUAAUGAAGAAAUCUCUAAGAAGAUCUUACAUGAGAAUCCAAUGAAUGUUCUAGCACGAUCUUUCAGUCGAAAAAAAACCGUGCAAGGAACAGUAUGGUUGGAUACAGCUACCAAUGAAACAGAUAAAAUAGAACAAAUGACAGUAAAACCAUUUGUAGCAACUGAAACAAUUGCUCUUUAA